AUGGUGACAGAGCCUGCGCUCUCCCAAAUGCUGGUCGAUUUGGCGGAGUGUGAUAAAUUUGCGCGCUCCAAUCCAGUGCCAGGCAUUGAUAAGUCUAUCCUCCUCCUCAUCUUCAGUGAGUUGCGUCAACUCCUUGAACUUGUACGCAACAGUGACUGGAGUGUCUUCUUCGCCACUUACGGGAAAAGCUCAGGUAAUCCAUACGAGCGUGUGGCUCCAGCAGCAGCGAUUGCCCUCUUGGAAUGCAUUCGUGAGGCGGAGAAGCGACGCCAUAACACCCCUACCUUCCUUCUAGUUGGAUCCUCAAAGCGACCUGAACGAGAGCGUCGUCGACGUCUCGACGACAUCCUUCGACAGUUGAAGGAUCUGCAAUCUGCCCCCGCCGCUUCUAGACGAUUCUAG